AUGAUGAACCAAACCUCAAAAUGCAACGCAAAUCUUUCAAAAAACAAGGAACGAGACACGGAAGAAGUGGCAUGCUUCUUGUUGUCGCUAAAACACAAUAGCGACCGUAGCGCGACGGUUUCUCCUGAUCCGGAACAAAACCAAGUGGAAGUCAUUCAAACCUCGAAUCAUAAGCCUCCGCAGUUUAGCUUUGCAUCUCUUUCAGACUCGUCUAUUGGGUCCAAGCCUUAUGCUUCAUCAAAUUUCGAUGAUCUCAUUAUUGACAGCAAUCUCGUGUACCCAAAGGAUCGGGACCUCGUCCCUGAUGCCCUCUUCGUUGCCAUGGCUCAGAUGAAUCCUUGUACAUUGACGCAUGCUGAUCGUGUAGGCUGCUACAAAGCUCGCGAAAUCGGCUUCGUCGGCAUGAGUUGCAAGUUUUGCGGAGGGCAACCAGGGUUUGGGAGAUUCUUUCCGGCAAGUAUUCGGAGUCUUGCGCAGACGACGACAUCUCAAACUAUUAUGAAGCAUAUAGCCGGCAAAUGCCGUUUUUGCCCUCCUCAAGUGAGAAACACCGUACUCGACCUACAACGUGAGCAGGCUCUUCGUGAAAGCAUGAGCUCUGGCCGCCCGAGAUACGGUAGUCGUAAGAUUUUCUUUCAACGUGUUUGGGCUCGGCUCCACGACGUGAAGGAUGCCAUUGACGAAGACAACAAGACCAUCGCGACGGCUGACGAGUCUGCUUCGAAUUCCACUCCUAGUGGCACCGACGAUAUCUCUCUCUCAAGCAUAUCUUUUGGGGAGGAGGAUGGUGGGAUAUCCGCCGGACUGCUAAGGCAAAAACGCCCUCGUUUUGGGAUGCUGCCUACGCAGGAGAAUAAACGGGCAAAAUAUGGGGAAGAGGCUUCGCUACAACGUUUGUAG